AUGGCAAGCCUGCUGAGUGGGACAAGCGGAAGGGCCCCCUGGCUCUGCCGAACCGUCCUCUCCAUCCUGAUGGUGCUUCAGUUUGGAUCCCUGGCUCUGGGGGCCAAAACCCUUUGGCGAGACGAAGUGGCCGACCUGCUGUGCAACUCCUCUGCCCAGAACUGCCUCCUGGCCUGUUUCGACGUCACCUUUCCCAUCUCGCCCUUCAACCUCUUCCUCUUGCACAUGGCCAGCCUGGUGGCCCACAGCCUGGCCUGCGCUUUCCUCUUCCACUCGCCCAAAUACCAAGGAAAGGGGCGCUGGUGGAAGGGACAACUUAGGGGACAGAGUCAAAAACUCUGGCUUGAUGGAAUCAGCCUCCUGGCUAAGGUGCUUCUGGAAGCCAUCUUCCUGAUGGUAUUCCACAGCCUCUACAGCCAAUACCCAUCCUGGCUGUUUUGCCCUCCUUCUGCCUCCUGUCCUCAGAUCACGAUAUGCAUUGUGCAGAAUGCCAGCUGGAAAGAUGCUUUCACCCUCUUUUUCGUAGGAGCAUCUUGGGUUUCUGUGGCACUCUGCUUGAUCAUGCUUUAUCAAACAGUCAUUAAAAUCCUUCAACGGACAUCAGGCCCAGGGAAGAGUCAACCAGAUCACCCUGGUUGGCCCAAUGGGUAUUACAUAGAAUCAUAG